AUGGCAUCAACACCCACAGAGCUUCACGGGACAAGUGAAAUUACCGUUGUGGACUUUUCGCAAAAUGAAAUGAGGCAAUAUGUUCUGGACAAUGAUACCCUUGAACCGUUUCUUGCGCGGGAGAGAGAGCCUUGGGUACAAUGCAGAUGGAUCAACGUCAACGGACUUAGCUGGGAUGCCAUUAGAAUCUUAGGUAACGAAAAAGGUCUGCAUAGGCUUGCGGUUGAGGAUCUAAUCAACGCAACAAACCGCACAAAAGUCGACUGGUACUCCGAUCAUGCAUAUAUCGUGCUGAAACUCCAGAAACUGAUAAAACUCAAAGAUGACGACAGUGAUUCUGAGGAUGAGGAAGAUGAAAAUACACACUGGACGAAUGAGCGCAAAAGUUCUGCAAGCAGUAUAUCUCUGAGAAGGCCUACUAAAAGAACACUAGUGUUGGAAGCAUUGAAGGAUCUUUUCCGGCCCAAAACCCGCGAGGACAGUCCCGAUGAAAGAUACCCAGCGAAAGAUGCCCCCUCAGGUAAGGGGAGGUCUACUUCGAAGGCAUCUAAUCUUGAUGAUGGUUCUAACGUUAGGUUCACACCCCGGAGCAUUCAACGUUACCGCGGUGGCCCGAACGAGGACCGGAUAGCCUUCAUGGAGCGCCAUGCUAUACUGGCGGCAAAGGGACUGUGUGUUACUCUGGAACAGGUCUCAAUUUUCCUACAUGCGGAUAAUACGGUGACUUCAUUCUUUGAAACGAGUGCCGAUGAUAUUGAAGGUCCAAUCGUCCGACGUCUCAGUACCCCGGAGACGAUGUUGCGCCAAUCGUGUGAUGCUAGUAUGGUUGUGCAAGCCAUUCUCGAUGCUAUUAUAGACUUGGCCAUACCGGUAACCACAGCUUACCAAGACGCUAUUGGCGACCUUGAGCUCGAGGUACUGACAGAUCCAGACGUGGAUCAGUCCAAAAGCCUGUACGUCCUCACUUCGGAAAUAGCAAUUCUCCGAAACUGCAUGCAACCAAUCGCAACUGUCAUUAAUGCCCUUCGUGACCACCGAUCCGACCCUGUACAUACUCCUGGCUUGGGAGUUCCAAUGUGUCAUACAUACCUGGGAGAUGCGCUAGACCAUUGUAUAACUAUUGUGGAGGGAUAUGAUCAAAUGAGAAGGGCUGCUGACAACAUGAUCGACCUGAUAUUCAAUACAAUCGGCGCAUAUCAGAAUGAGAGUAUGAAGCAACUCACCAUUGUGACAUGCUUCUAUCUUCCACUUACAUUCCUAACGGGCUACUUUGGCAUGAACUUCACCUCCUUCGCUGGCAUAGAACAUAGCGAUGCAUACUUUUGGAUGAUUGCGGUUCCUUUUGUGUUCGUCACAACCAUUUUCUUAAUGCGCGACAAGCUGCAGCGUUACUUGGUGUUGCUUGCCCAGAAACGACUGAUCACCAGUUCUAGGAGGAGCAGACGAAGAAAGAGAGCCACCGAGAGGACAUAA